AUGAAUGCAUAUAAAAUUGAUGCAGAAUUAUUGGAUAAUGAUCUUUUUUCUUUAAAGGUGCUAUAUUCAGAGCAGAUUCGUGUUCAACCGCCUAAAAAUUAUAUAGUCUAUCCUAAGGCUGGUUGGAAACAUAUUGUUGCUGGUACUAACAUAUAUAUUUACAUUGAACAAAUCUAUACUGGUACUCUAAACAAUAUUGAUUCUUCGGAUGUUUGGACAAAAAUUGGUUCGAAAGAUACAUUUAAAUGUGGAUUAUUAAGUCAUACAAAUCACAAUCCUUUAGCUUAUUGGGCAUCAAAACAAAUCAGUGGGCCAAAAGGUGUCAUAUAUAUUGAUCAUUAUCCUACUGGAAAUAUAAUUGAACCAUCUAGAUGUCAUUCAAUGUAUAAAAUACCUGCUAAAAUUCGUAUUCAGUGCAGUCUAAUGGCAUCUGAGAAAAAAAUUGUAUAUAGAUUUGAAAAGACAUUGACAGUUAUCGGAGAUGAAAUAUGCGCUUCAUACAAAGCAAGUGGUCUUCAUGAUAUCCUUUUAAAGGUUGGCUCAAAUGAUACAUUUGAUUGUGACUUGAAACCAGAUUUAUAUAAAUAUAAUGAAUAUGGCUAUUGGCAUGCAGAUUACGCUGACACAGAAUCAAUAACAUCUAAUAUUGUAUCAAUUAAAAAUUGUUAUCAUAAAACAAUUAUCGGACCACCACUUGAUAGUGAUGUAUAUAUAAGAAGUGGUCAAGUUGAUAUUUAUUGUUAUUUAAUACCCUUUAAAAAUCAUCAACCAGAUUUUGCUCUUCAUAAACGUAUUACCAUUUUAGAUAUACUGAUGUAUCCUGAGAAUUUAACCUUUUAUGUUGGAGAUGAUAUUGAACCAAUAUGUACUGUCAGUGGGAUUAGUAUAAAUAAUCUACAUUCUAUUGGAUAUCUUCAAAUUGUUCCCCUGAAGCCUAUUGAUAAUAUAUUAAGUGUAAUACAUGCAAUUGAAACACCAUUUAUUCGACCACCUAGAGGUUAUAGAACAUAUCCAAAACCAAGUCAUAUACCUAUUGAAUGUAUUUUUACAUCACAUGAUGGUAAAACAAUUAAAUCUCAAUUUGAUAUUCAUAUAUUAAAUAAAUCAAUGCAUACAGUAUCAAAGAAGCGUAAAAGACAAUCCUUUUCAACUGAACCACUGGUCACACCAUUGACUAAUCAACCUGUUUCAACAUUUUCAUGUGUACUUAUAGCAAUUUUAUGGUUUCUUUUAUUAAUGUUUGCCUCUUUAACUAUGUAUAAGUGUAUCUCAUUAAACGAUGAAAUGAAUAUUGAUGAAAUCCAAUUACAAAGUAAACUUACUGAUGAAUAUGAAUCUACUACAAGUGAUGAUUAUCAGAUAACACCAGCAAUGAUAAUGAAUAUAGACAAAGAACAACCUGAUAAUCUUUUAGAAAUGUUUACAUUAGAAGCAAGUGAUAUUAAAAUGAAAACUAUGGAAACGCUACAAUACUUGAUUGAAAUAUAUCAUGAUUAUUCUGAGAUUUCAGAGCAUUGGAGAGAAUUAUGGAUGAAUAAUGUUAGAAAUUAA